AUUUAUUUUCCGCCCCAUACUUUGUGCCUGUUAGGUGGGAGAGUUCUGGCUUUUGGAGAAAGUUUGGGAACCGGGAAAGCCCAGUCAAUAUGAGUGACCCCCGGCAGGACUUGGUUGUGGAGUAUCGCCUCGAUGCCAGCGGUUCCGGGCCUUCAGACCCUCUGUCCGGCAUCGACUGGAAGGAGAGGUGUAUGACGCUGGAGGCGCAGCUCCUGAAAUUUCGUGUGCAGGCCUGCAAAAUCCGUGAACUUCUCGCAGAAAAGAUGCAGCAGUUAGAGAGGCAGGUCCUGGAAGCAGAUCGUCGUGCAGAAAAGGCUAACCAGCAGGUCCAAAUAAUGGAAGAAAAAUUGAAAGCAGCCAACAUUCAGACAAGUGAAUGUGAGAACAAACUUUAUAGGAGGUGUCUAGACCUGCAGACCCUCAUCCAAGAAAAGGAUGAUAUCAUCCAGGUUCUUGAGCAGCAAGUCGAGGAACAGAAACAAAUGAGACACCAGGAGGCUAAAAUUGUUGAGGAGAAGGCAACACGAAUCAAAGAGUGGGUGACCACAAAGCUACAUGAGCUUGAAGCAGAGAAUGAAAAUCUACGGUCUGCCACAAAUCAACAGCUCCAGGAGAUUCAGAAGCUACAAAAGGAAUUAAAAGAAGCAGAACUAAAGAAGCUUUCUUCUUCAACUCACAAACCAGGAGAAGCCCAGAGGUUGAGUAGCCUGACAUUUGGGUGCUUUCAAGUUAGACCAAAGAAUCCAAAUGUCAUCAGUGGCCCAAAGCACGGGCAGCAUCUCACAGCCUGUACACAGAAAGAGGUUCCUGCUGAAAGGAUGUCACCAGAAAAGGAGCAUGACAAGGACACUGCAAAUCAAGAUAUUGGCAGGUCUCAAGUGUUACUCCCAUCAGAGUUGGAGAAGGAACCCAAAACUAAUGCUGUGGCUAAGCAGUUGCCAAGCAGGGACAGUUUGGAUAAACAGCAAGCAAAUCUGGACCCCAGCUACAUGUCUCCUAGCUUUCCGGUUUCUGCCCCUGGACGCAGCCGGGUAGGCAGUGAGACCUAUCUCACUGCUUCAGAUGACAGCAGCUCACUGUUUGACGAUGAUAUGCAGAGAACUGAUGGAAAGGGCUUGUUUCUGUCUCCAUUGGCAAUGCCAGAGUUUGACAGCUCAUCAGAUGAGCUGAGCAAAACAUUUCAAGGCCAGAGCCUUAACUCCUCCUCGUCAUCCAGUCCCAGCCCACUCCCAGUCCAGUGCUCUUAUGUGGACAGAACUGUUAAUAGGGUUGGUACCGACCUGUCACUGUUACGGAAGCAUCUAAGCCAGCCACAGCUUAGUACAGAUCGUCUAUUUGGGUGUAACCGGAAUGCUAUCAGCCUGCUGCGGCCACCCUGGAAUUCAGAGAUAGAUAUUGACCAGGAGAAGGUGGAAGCCAUAGUGGAUGAUGAUGUUUUUGCCUACAAUUCAACAGAGGUUGAAAAUCAAAUGAAGGAAUUGGAAGGACGUCCUCCAAGUAAUACACCUCCCACCCCUCCGCUACAUCGGCUGCCAUCCUGGGAAAGCAGAAUUUAUGCAGUUGCCAAAUCAGGAAUGUGUCCUUCUGAAUUGUCUGCUGGCAGCACUUGUAAAUACUCCAGUGGAGGGCUGACUUCCUUCUCGGCCUCAGCAUGUUUUACUUCUUUGAUUUACAGGAAUGUAAGCACUCCAGUAUAUGCCAUCCUGAAAGGGAAAGCAACUCAGUUAAGCAAUACACCUUUAUUAGAUGAAUCAUCUGAAUCUGAUGGGGAAAAGAGUUCCCGGUCAAGUUCUCAGACCUCAGGCUCUCGGACUACUGGGUCCAAUUCAAGGAAGGAGAAUGGUCCAGGGAGCCCUCGUGCCAUGAAAAGAGGUGUCUCCGUGUCCUCCAUGAACUCUGAAAAUGACUAUGCCAUCCCACCAGAUGCCUACUUCACAGAUACGGACUGCUCAGAGCCUGAACAGAAACUUCCUAAGACAAGCUUGUGUGUGGGGGACAACAGCAAGAGUGAGCAUUUGGAGAAGUCAGGCUAUUUGCUUAAAAUGGGAGGACGAGUGAAAAGCUGGAAGCGACGCUGGUUCGUUCUGAAGAGUGGGGAGCUGCUCUACUAUAAGUCUCCUAGUGAUGUGACCAAGAAACCACAGGGACAGAUUGAGCUUAAUGCCUUGAGCAGUAUAGUUCGUGGUGAAGGAAAGCAGACCAUUCAGCUGGUCACUGAGAAGCGGCUCUACUUUCUAUCAGCGGACUCUCCAAACAUUUUGGCUGAGUGGAUUAGAGUUCUGCACAAUGUGCUGCAGGUUCAGACAGCCAUCCCGCUGUUCACUCAGCCUGAGGUGAAGCCCACCAUGAAAGGACUGCUGACAAAGGUUAAACAUGGGUAUUCUAAGCGUCUGUGGUGCGUUUUAAUAGGAAAAACCCUGUACUAUUUCCGUAGUCAGGAGGACAAGUUUCCUCUGGGCCAGAUCAAGCUGUGGGAAGCUAAGGUGGAGGAAGUGGACCGAUCUUGCGAUUCUGAUGAGGAUUAUGAGAGCAGUGGAAGAAACCUAAUGUCCACACAUUACACACUUGCUAUCCAACCCCAAAAUCAAGGUCCGACCUACCUACUGAUUGGCUCAAAGCAUGAAAAGGAUGCAUGGCUUUACCAUCUGUCUGUAUCAGCUGGUACUACAGGCUCUUCAGUGGGCACUGAAUUUGAACAGUUGGUAAGCAAGCUAAUGAGCGUGGAAGGAGAUCCCAACUCCCAGGUUUGGAGACAUCCCAUCCUUUGCUACAGCAAAGAUGGAAUCACCAAGCCUCUUACCACCUUGCCAUCAGAGGCUCUGCAGACAGAGGCCAUUAAGCUGUUUAAGACUUGUCAGUUAUUCAUCAAUGUUGCCAUCGACACUCCAGCUAUUGACUAUCAUGUGUCACUGGCACAAAGUGCACUGCAGAUAUGUCUUACUCAUCCUGAGCUGCAGAACGAAAUGUAUUGUCAACUCAUCAAGCAGACAAGGAAGAGGCAGGCUGAUAGCCUUGCAGGGCCUGUGCAGGGCUGGCAGUUGCUUGCUCUCUGUCUGGGCCUCUUUCUGCCUCCGCACCCUUUCCUCUGGCUUUUAAAGUUGCACCUAAAGAGGCACAACGAGUCCAGAACAGAGGUGGGAAAGUAUGCUGUUUACUGUCAACGGUGCAUGGAGCGCACACAGCAAAGGGGAGAGCGUCAAGCCAAACCCUCUCGCAUGGAGAUCCUUUCCAUUCUGUUAAGAAACCCUUAUCAUCAUUCUCUACCUUUCAGUGUGCCAGUACAUUUUUUAAAUGGUACCUACCAGGUGGUGGGCUUUGAUGCGUCAACGACAGUGGAUGAGUUCCUGAAUACACUGAGCCAGGAGACGGGCAUGAGGAGACUAGCACAGGGCAGCUUUGCUCUUUUCACCUAUGACCCAUCAGGAAGUGGCCUUGAGCACUGGCUGCAUGGAAAUAUUAAGAUAUGUGAUAUUAUUUCUAAAUGGGAACAAGCUUCCAAAGAGCAGAAUCCUGGGAAGACGGACAGCAACAGAACAUUCCGACUUACUUAUAAAAAUAGACUAUAUUUCUCACAGCUUGCAAGGGGAGAAACUGAAAGAGAGAGACUGCUACUCAUGUAUCAGACCAACGAAGAAAUAAUCCUCGGACAGUUUCCUGUAAACAAAGAGCUGGCCUUGGAGAUGGCUGCACUUCUCACACAGGUGGAGUUUGGAGAUUUUGAUCACCCAUGUGCGACCACAGCCGGACAAGUGUCUUCCCAGUCCAAGUCCAAGCAAACACUCAAACAAAUACUGGACAGGUUCUACCCGAAACAGUAUCAAGAGGGCUGUUCAGAUGACCAGCUCCGGCAGCUGCGCCAGAUGUUGAUAGCAAAGUGGACAUCUCUGAGGGGGCGAACAGCCUCAGACUGUGUCCGCAUUUACCUGACUGUUGCAAGGAAAUGGCCUUUGUUUGGAGCUAAGCUGUUCUUUGCUAAAACAAUCACAUCAUCGCCUUGCCCAAAUGUCCCUGUAUGGUUAGCAGUUAAUGAAACUGGCAUCACUGUCCUGGAGCAGAAGUCAAUGAGGCCGCUGAUGUCCUACAUGCAUAGAAACCUGAUGACCUUUGGAGGCUGCCGAGAUGACUUCAUGUUGGUUGUAGGUCUAGCCAUUGGUAAUGGGCAUAUCAAAGACAAGCCUACAGAAAAGCACUUGUUUGCCAUGCCCAAGCCAAAGAUCUUAGAGAUGACUCUACUUAUUGCUAGCUACAUCAAUAGUUUCCAGCAACAGAAAACAUCAACACAUCAUUUGUCUGCUCCAGCCUUCCUCUCUGUUCCACUAGAUGGUCCAUGCUAUGAACCCCAGAAGCUCCCCAGUCGAACAACCAAAGGGCCCACCUUGCUGUGAGAUGACUAGUAAUGCACCAGAAGCACUCGAUCAGCCUGCUUGAUUACUAUUCAGUGUGCCUAACCAAUCUACUGACCUUCUGGUAAAGCUUGUUAGAGAAGGCAGGCGCAUCUUAUAAUGUGGCUUGAAACUUGUUUCGCAUUCAACUCUGGCAUGGUCGUGUUUCAGUGAUAAAGUAAAAAGCAAAGGGAAUGUGUCUACAGUCAUUGGGAAGUCACUCAACAUCUUUCAGCCAUAAUGAGAGUGUGGACUUGGCUCAGACAUCUUCAUAGUGUUCCAAAGCAAGGUGCACCCCGUGGUCAGCUUGCACCAUCGCAGUCCUCUGUAAUCAACAGUCAGACCGGUGCUCUUCUCGGAUGUUUCCGAAGCACCUUCUCUGUUAUGGGACAGUGCAGGUGAGACAUACCAGAGAAGAUAAUGGAUGGAGCACUUGCAGCACCACAACUAACUGAAAGAAAGAAAGAAAGGGAUUUUUUUUUUUUAAUUUUGAAUUGAAUUUUAUUAAUCAAUACUCAACAUGUCAUUUACAAUAGCAAAAGUAAAGCAAACAAAGAAAACCCCAACUCACCCCCCCCCCCAAAAAACAACACUUAAUGUAUAUGUUAAAAAAGAAGAACCAAUUCAUUAUCUCCAAGUUUAACACACUAUUUUUCCUCAAAAGAAUUCACGUUUUCAGUCAUUCUGUAAAAUUUAUAUUCUACAAACAACCCUGGCUUUUACCAGUCCAUGAAAUAUUUUGAUCGUAUCACAUUGUUUGUUUGAUUUCACUUUCUCUUUUCGUGAGCUUGGCCUGUCCAAUGAGGAAAUUACCAAUCAUACAUUCAUCUUGGUUAUACUUAUUCUCAUUAAUAACAUAAAUAGGUACGCAGUCAUUAAAAGGCAAGAUAAGAACUCUAAAAACAGUGGUAGGAAUAUGUAAAAGAGGCUGAAGUCUAGAACAGAAAGCCGUGAAGAACGGUCUCUCUGUCUCCAAAGAAGGACAUUUGUCUGUGACUGAAAGAUCAAGCAGCGAGACGUGGGAAUUAGCAGCAGUGAAGCUGUGCAGCACACACCAUUGCGAAUCACCGGUUCUUUUGUUCAGUGGUGGUCUAUAUUACCCUGGCUUUUACCAGUCCAUGAAAUAUUUUGAUCGUAUCACAUUGUUUGUUUGAUUUCACUUUCUCUUUUCGUGACUUCUAAAUGGCCAGCUUGGCCUGUCCAAUGAGGAAAUUACCAAUCAUACAUUCAUCAUGGUUAUACUUAAUUAUUAGUGCCAUAAAUAAAUACACAGUCAAAUUAAGAAAGACAGAAAGAGAAAGAACAGGAAGAAAGAGCAUCUCCAUUCAUCCUGCCACUUUCAAGUGGGGUUUACUCAGCAGAGCCUGAUGAGGAUUGUGUGCUAAAUGAUUCUUCAGAACAAGCUAAGUAUACAAUUUUUGUGUUCUGAUUUUUUUUUUUUCUAUUUUGAUGCCAUUGUGGCUUUGCAGUAUUGUUGGAGGAACUUUCCGUACCAUAACGUUUUCCAUAGCGCACUGCCCAGCAUUAAUCUUUGUCCGUUUCUAAAACUAUUACUCCCUGCUGGGCACAUUGGAUACAUCAGAGGGUCUCGCAGAUGGUUUAGCAGAUUGUACUCUUAAGAGUUGAUUUCAGGAUAUAUCAGUCUUACCAUGGGUGAUGUUGAAAGCUGCUAGGGCCUAAAUAUAAAACAUCUGUUGGGUGAUCACAUCUGCCAUUAACCAGCCUAACAGGCUAAUGGAUUUGCUCUCUGUAGCCAGCGAAAGCCGCAGUGUAAACUGUUGGACCAACGAAUACGACUCACUACCUGCCUGUUAAAGCCCAUUGCGGCACUCCUUGUGUGAUUUUGGGCUAUACGAAAAUAAAUUGUAUAUACAAAGGGUACCAUAACAGUGACAGCUGUGUUUUGUGUUUCUCAGGUUGGUCACCGGGUCUCAGGGUGACGGUGAAGUCGCCUCACAUUCCAGUUUAGCAACCACCUCCCAGAGGGGAGCCCAAGUGGCCCAACUUUCCACUUUAGCUUUUGCGGUCCUACUUUCUCCAGUCAUCUAAAAUAUGCCUCUGCCCAUUGUCCAGUUUAGGCCCAUAUUUCUUAUUCACCUGCCUUUUGCCUCCCAGAUCAGUCAUUGGCAUCCACAGUUAUCCACCUUGUCCCCUGUGAUCAUUCUGAGGAAAUGGUGUGCCCUGUGAAUUAGAGCAUUGGAAGCUGUGCUGUGUUGGCACCGUGAUGUUGAGGUUUGGCUGCUUGUCUCCUGGGAUCCCAUUCGCUGGACCUGUCACACGCAGUAUUGUUUAGGCACAAUGUCCGUCUACUUUUUCAUCUUUUCUGCAUUCUGUACCCCUCUUGAAAGUUAAUAAAUGUUUGUAAGCAUGG